CAGUUUCGCUCUUGUUUACAACCUCCCGUCCAUGCAAGAUUGAAUCUUUGCGGAAGUGGCAGUAGUACACAGACCAGACUGGGGGUACCAGACCAGCGGAAAUGAUGUGAUCUUGAGGCAACGAGCGACUGAGCUGCCUGUGGAUGCGAAUAGCAUUGCACGGUGGGCCAGGAUGGAAACUGGAAAAGCAUGGACCUGAUGUUACAGACCCGUCCAGAAAUCCGAGUCACUCACCUGAGAUUGAAAGCAGCGGCGAAAAACCCGUUCGGUGUAGAGAUGCUGCAGAUUUGUACGAUCGACGAGCUCCGGGGACAGAGAUGGACAGCGAAAUUCUCCUCACCGCGGCACGCCAAACCGAGGGAAAGGGCCAAGGCAUCUUGAGGUUUCUGCUCGGCCAACUUGAUCCAACAUCUCCGAUGACUGAGCAGAUGGUUCUCGCUACUGUCUCUGAGAACUAUGUGAGCGGCGAUAUUUUCGAGAUAUUCC